CCGGGGCGCGGCGAGGACCGUGAGAUCGGUAACACGGGGACCGGGGCACCGGCAUCCCGGGAACCGGCGUGCCAGCAUCCCCGGGCAUCGCAGGGAUCGGCACCCUGGGGCGCGGCGGGGACCCGGGGCACCGGCAUACCGGGGUGAGAGGGCACCUGGAGCAGCGGCACGCAGGGAUGAGCGGGGAAGCGAGGCACUGACAUCCCGGGGUAAGCGGGGAGCCGCCGUGCCAACACCCACAUCCCGGGAUGCUGCUGGGACCCAGGGCGCAGGGACACUCCACGUCCCUCUGCGGACGGGUGUAGGGGAGCCCGUCUCCCCGGAGCUGCAUCUCUCCCUCCCCACGGAACGGAGCGUGGUGCGGGAUUCCCUCCGGAGAGCUGUGCACCCGCUGCGUGAGACCUGGGAGCGGAGGCUGGCACAGGGCAGGGAUCAUCUGCAGCCGGCGCUGGGCUGCCCGCUGGCAGCAGACAGCCGAGCUGUUGGUAAUCACCCCCUCCUGCACCCUGAGGAGAGUGGGGAGUCCCCCCGUCAUUUCCAUCCCCAGCCCUGGGCAUUUUGGUGGCCUCUCAUCGUACAGCAGCAGCUUACGCUCUGCCUGCAGGGAGCAGCCAGCAGUGGGAAUCCCCUUUCCAUCCUCCCCACUGCCCGCCUGGCAAACCCCCCACCGCUCAAGGCUUGGUCUUGAGCAUAUUCAGGCUGAUGCGUGCAGGGACGCUCAGAGACGGGGACGGGGCUCUGCAGGGGCAAUUUUGGAUGACCCAGCGCAUAGGGACACCACCCUGCAGGAGUUGGGAGGUCACCCAGCCCCAGCGCCCCCUCAGGUACCCAGCAGGGGACCCCCGGCCCCACCCCGGCCCCAUGGACAUCCCGCACAGGAUCUCCUCAGUGGUUUACAGCCACCACCCUGGCACACCUGGGACGUGCAGAGUCACAAGCCCGGGCUGACAAGGCAUUUAGGUCUGGGCUACAGGGCAAAGGAUAAAGGAUUCCUCCUCCUCUACGAAUUUCUAAUGAUUCCUCUGAGACGAGCCACACGACUCCCUGCUGGGAAGCCUCACUGAGCUGGAUGCUCUUUGGGGGAUAAAUUCUCUCUUCAGUGACUAAUUACCUGUUUGAACAAGGAGAGCCCCAUGGAGGAGGUGCCGGAGGUGCAGUAAACUGCCUUCUUUAGGCAUUAACGACCUGCAAAGGGAGAAACUUUAAGAGGUGGAACCAGCUCCUGCUCUGCUGAUCAUGGUCAACAAGACCUUAAGUUACUGGGGUCCCAGUUUUGAGGAGGACGUUAUCAACAUCAACGUGGGGGGUCUGAGGAGGCGGCUCAGCUCCAGUGCCCUCUCCAAGUUCCCCGACACGCGCCUGGGGCGCCUGCUGUCCUGCGACUCGGAGGAGUCCAUCCUGCAGCUCUGCGAUGACUACGACGUGAGCGCCAGGGAGUUCUACUUCGACAGAAACCCCGGCUUCUUCCUCUAUGUCCUCCACUUCUACCAGACGGGGAAGCUGCACGUCAUGGAGGAGCUGUGCGUCUUCUCCUUCUGCCAGGAGAUCGAGUACUGGGGCAUCAACGAGUUCUUCCUGGACUCCUGCUGCAGCUACCGCUACCACGAGCGCAAGCUGGAGAGCCGGCACCACAACUGGGAUGAGGAGAGCGAGGUCAGCAGCGUGGACACGUCCCCCGAUGAGAUCUCUGACAUCAACCACGACCUGCUGCGGUACAGCACCCUGCGCUGCGGCAACGCGCGCAAGCGGCUCUGGCUCACCAUGGAGAACCCCGGCUACUCCAUCCCCAGCAAACUCUUCAGCUUCGUGUCCAUCAGCGUGGUGCUGGUUUCCAUAGCCACCAUGUGCAUCCACAGCAUGCCCGAGUACCAGGAGGUGGACGAGAAUGGCAAUGUGCUCGAUGAGCCCAUUCUGCACAAGCUGGAGUAUUUCUGCAUCUCCUGGUUCACCUUCGAAGUGUCUUCCCGCCUCCUGCUCUCCCCCAACCCCAGGAAGUUCUUCAAGCACCCGCUGAACCUGAUUGACAUUGUCUCGGUGCUGCCCUUCUACUUCACCCUCCUGGUGGACGUGACCAUGGGCAGUGACUCAGAGCUGGGCAAUCUGGGCAAGGUCGUGCAGGUCUUCCGUCUCAUGAGGAUAUUCCGAGUGCUGAAGCUGGCUCGGCACUCCACUGGACUGAGGUCACUGGGGGCCACCUUGAAGCACAGCUACCGGGAGGUGGGGAUCCUGCUGCUCUACCUGGCCGUGGGGGUCUCUGUCUUCUCUGGAGUGGCCUACACUGCCGAGAAGGAGGAAGACGUUGGCUUCGACACCAUCCCAGCGUGCUGGUGGUGGGGCACGGUCAGCAUGACCACCGUGGGCUACGGCGACGUGGUGCCCGUCACGGUGGCGGGGAAGCUGGCUGCCUCGGGCUGCAUCCUGGGGGGCAUCCUGGUCGUGGCACUGCCCAUCACCAUCAUCUUCAACAAGUUCUCUCACUUCUACCGCAAGCAGAAGGCGCUGGAGGCGGCCGUGAGGAACAGCGGGAAGAAGGACCACGAGGAGGUGGAGAGCAUCUCCAGCCGCGACCGAGAGGACUCGGAGGCCCUGAGCGAGACCUCCCUGGACAGAGGCAGCCCCGACCGCCGUGGUCUGACCCCCGGUGCCCACCCCAGCCCCUGAGCCACCGCUCCGUGGCGCUGGGGCCCGCAGGACCUGCUUGCUCACGGCGAGCACGGCACGGCUGCUGCACUGGGACACGGCAGAGGAGCCGGGCUCUCCCUGUCCUGCACCACAGUUGGCAUUGCCCCGGCCCUGCCAAGGACAGCAGGGGUUGGAGGACAUGCCCAGUGGGUGCUGGCUGCUUCCAGCCCCCGGGAUGCGGUGACUGGGUCUGCCUGGAUGUGUUUUAGCCUUCACCCUGCUCCCCCUGGCUGCAAAUGGAGGCUGUGGUGCUGAACAUACUCCCACCAAAAGGGGAGGGAGAAAAAAGAAAUACAGGUGAGCCCUUACCAGGCACUGCCCCAGCUGGGUAGAGGGGGAUUUCCCUCUGCCAGGAGGUUGUGUGUUGUCCAGGGUGAGGCUAAAUAGCUCGAGGGUGAGGCAGCCCCUGACCAAGUUGGCUGCCCUUGCAGGUCCUCUGCCAGGUCAGCAUCAACUCCAGCCCCAGCCUUGUCCUACCCCCUGCUGGAAACAGCCUCAAAAGGCUCAACUGGCCCCCCAGCCAUAAAGGAAAGGGGGCUGGAAGUGAGUCUGUAUAAGGGGAGAGGUGGUGUCAGCUCAGGGUGAAUCCCACUGUCCUCAGUCCCUGCAGUGGGGUUGACUGGACUUCACCUUCCUUCCAGCUGGGGCUUAUCUGCUCGCCUGCACUGCCACUGCUGGGAUCCCCGGGGAUCUGGGGCUGGGGCAUGGCACAGCCAGGAGCACUGCCCAUGCAGGGGGGCACCAGCCAGGGAUGACCAGGCCAAAGGGACGUUGUCCUCUGAGGCAGGAGCAGAGGAAGGGGAUCAAGCUGGGGGAACUGAGGAGCCAUCCCCAGUGGGGCUCUCCCCACAAGCCCUUCCCUCCACGGCACUCCUAUGCCAUGGGAGCCCAGGGCCUGCAGCAGGCCAUGGUGGGGUAGGAGACACAACCAAAGCCAGCUGGGUUUGGCACACAGCCUGUUCCCCCUCACCACAGCCCCAGCCUAGCUUCGUUCUGCCUCUUCCCUCCUUGCCUCAGGGCCAGGCAGGGGCAGGAGGGCUGUAAGGAGUGGGGGGGUCACACUGCCCUGGGUGUCCUCGCUGUCCCCCAGGGAGCUCAGCUCCCCGGGGGAUGAUGCACUCACCUUCCCUCUGCCCGGAGGGGGCACCCCCAUGUCCGUGGGACAGAGGAGACCUUGCACUGCUCCUCGGUGACCAAGCACCUCACAGCCGGGCAGGGAGGUCCACCUGGAGCAUCAGACUGCCCUCCUGCCUGGACCCCCAGCCCACCUGAGCACAUUCAGGGCUGCUCCCAGCACAGCAUUAAUUCCCUAUGGAGUUUUUCCUUGCCCCCAUGGUUCUCUGUUUGGAAACUGUGCAGCUCCGUUGUGCACAGGGGAACACACCCAGCAACGCCUGUUCUGAGUAGGGGAAAUGUGCAUCCUGCAAUCCCCAAAUCAGCUCAAAACCACGUUGGUGGCUGCAGGAUGACCCCAGGUACCUGGGUCACGGGGUUUGCUGCUGGCUGUCCUGGCUGGGUGUCGGCACAGCCGCAGCUGCCGGUGCUGGAUCUGCUGAUCACGGGCGAGAAAAGCCAAACCAACGCCAGUGCAGGUCCAGCCUUUCUGAACCCCAGUGGGACUCGGAGAGGGUCCCCAAGGACCUGUGGUGUGGGAUCAGAGGGUGUUCACGCUUCUGGCAUCAUCAAGUCUUCCAGUAUCGAUGGUUUGUGGUCUGCUCUGCGCUCAGUCCUGCUCUGAGCUGGGACUGGGGAGCGGCUCCGUCCGCUCCGACCGGCUCCUGCUGCACUGUUACUUGAAAAAAGGAAGGAGUUUCCCCUUCUCACCAUAAAUAUUCCAGUAGCAAAAUGUAUUAAAAUGUGAAGAGUAAAUUACAUCUAUUAAUGAAAAAGCAUUAUGCAAAUAAUUAGGAGCAUGUAAAUUAAUUUUAUAUCUAUGCAUGGGAUGCAUACUGUAUAUUUUAUUAAAGACCUCAGUGACCUGCUGUG